AUGAUAGCGGAUCCGAUUGGGAUGCCGGCGUGCUUCUCAUCAGGAGCACGGUCGACGGAUGAGGCCGAAAGCACGGGCGUGACUCGGGCGGGACAAAGUGUGAUCAUGUCAAUGUAUAAAACAAAGUUGGGUAACCAUAGUCGUGUUAUCAGCAUCACAUGGUGCAGAAACUUGCUGCUCCUACACGGGCUAUCGGUAUCGAUAUCGAGCAUCUCCGACGAUGGACUAUCAUCAUCGGAAGGUUACUCGUGUAAGGUGGAGUUGAAGCCAUGGUACUUUUGGAGGAAACAAGGGUCAAAGCACUUUACAAUAGAUGAUGGUAAAAAAGUGGAUAUUUUUUGGGACUUGAAAUCAGCAAAGUUUAAUAAUAAUGAAACAGAACCAAGUGCAGAUUACUAUGUUGCUAUUGUUUAUGAAAACGAGGUUGUUUUAUUGGUUGGUAACUUGAAGAAUGAUGCUUACAAAAAGAGUGGGUGUAGGCCUGCUCUUAUUGAGCCUAUUUUAGUCUCGAAAAAAGAGCACAUUUUUGGUAAGAAGAAAUUUUUUACUAAGUCAAAGUUUCAUAAUAAGGGUAGAUUUCAUGAUAUUGUAAUUGAGUGUAAGAAUAAAGUUGAUUCGGAUUUGGAAAUGGAGGUCAAGGUAGAUGGAAAAGUGGUGAUUCAUGUCAAGCAUUUGCAAUGGAAGUUUAGAGGUAAUGAAACUAUAUUUGUCAAUAGGUUAAGGAUAGAGGUGUAUUGGGAUGUACAUGAUUGGUUAUUUAGUCCUGGACUAAGGCAUGCUUUAUUCAUUUUUAAGCCCGUUGUUUCGUCAUCCGGCGUAUCAUCAGUCUCCUCAUCAUCGUCAUUGUCAUCGUCAUCUCUCUCGUCGACUCCAUUAUCAUCCCAUACUGAGAGCUCUGGUUCAUUGGUGGACGGGUUGAAUGGAAGUGGGUUAUCCGAGUUUUGCUUAUUUCUUUAUGCUUGGAAAGUUGACUAA